AUGUAGUGCACGUUUGGCGAUAAAUUUAUCUGGGGGUUAAAACUUCAGGAAAAAUUCUUAUUCCUACAAAGAUAUCUGUAAAAAACGAUGAAUAACCCCAUAAGUAAUUUCCUAUUAAAAUCAAAGUGUCUGCUGGAGUCUAGUCAGUAUUCAUCAGUUCAUGUAGUUCUUGGGAACGAAGCUUGUGAUUUAGACUCAGCUGUGUCUGCCAUAGUCUAUGCAUAUAAUCUCUUUACGUUAACAUCAAUGGAAGGUAGUCCAGAGCACGUCGCAGAAAUCAUUGUCCCAGUUUUAAAUAUACCCAGAAAAGAAUACCGUUUGCGCACRGAGAUAACAUUUACCAUGGAGAAGUUUGGUAUUGAUUGUAGACAUUUAGUAUUCGUUGACGAGAUUGACUUGUUGGGUUUGAAAGAGCAAGGAAAGUUGGCUGUUACUUUGGUGGAUCAUCAUGUCUUAUCACAAGGUCAAGCUGAGUUGAAUGAUAAUUUGGUCGAAAUUAUCGACCAUCGCAAAGACCAAACACCAAGUUCAUCAUCCUACACUAAAACAAUCGAGCUAGUAGGCUCAUGCAGUACUCUAGUUGCCGAAAAAAUCCUUCAAAAUAAUCGUCAAGGCCUUGAAUAUUCACAAGUCAGUUACCUUCUGCUGUCCUCUAUCUUGCUUGAUACUGUUAAUCUUGACCCGAGAGCUGGAAGAAAGACAGAUAAGGAUGUUGAAAUAGUAAAGCAGCUUAAGGAUAUUUUGAAAACAGAUUUGUCCUGUGAUGAGUUAUAUAAUGCUGUCAGUGAGGGUAAGUAUAAAGUUUUAUGAUUUUAGUUGCUAACAUUAAGGUUUGUUUUUUUG